AUGUCAAAGAACGCACGCCAAAAACCGCCCGUCACCCCUGUCAAGCCGUCAAAGCGUCGGGCCUCCGACUCUUCGUCGUCGCUCGACAGUUUGUCCGACUUGUCUGAUAGCGAUGGUUACUCGGCUGUCGGUGGCAUCAGUGACUCUGAUGAGGAUGAGGAAGAUGUGAUCGCGGCCGAGGAGAGUCAUAUUCUCGACGAUGAUGAACAGGCCAUCCCUAGCAAUCAUGGCUCUCCUUGGCCGUCGACGGAAGAGGCAGCAGAGGAAGGAGAUGAUGAGGAUGAAGAUGACGACUCUGAUGAUGAUGAAGAAGAAGAAGACGAGGACGACGAGGAUGACGAAGCUGCUGAUCAGACUGAAUGGGAGGGCUUCAUGUCAGAAGGCCACGACGCCACCGACGCAUCUAUCACAACUCAGGAGGUUACCGAGAGAAGGGUUCGCUUUGCAGGCGUUCCCGAUUCUGACGGCGAUACAACAGAGACCGACGAUGGCAUUGACAGCAUAUUUCCCGACAUUUUUGUCGACCAGAGUUCUCUCGACCCAACGUUUCGUCGUGAGAUUGAGAAUGACUAUGACAACUCUUCCGAUUCUGGUUCUUUCUGGGACCUACACGGCAGUUUGGGGGAUGACAUGUAUAUGGGUAACUUGGAGAAUGUACCAUAUACCUCUUUUGAGUCGGAUAGUACCCCUGUCGCUACUCCCAUGACCAAUCAUGACCCAUCCACCGCCAUGUCGACUCCCGUUGCCUCUCCCCAAAAGGAGGACGACGAUGACAUGUCUGACGGGUACCAAUCCGAUGGAGAGGAUGGCGGUGACACCACAGACGAGGAUGAGGAACCAGCCAAACAACCCUUGCCGCAGCGAACACGUCGUGAGACGCCUAGCCAGUCAUCAGACACGGAUGUGCUCUCUUUGAUGCGACGCCACCGUGGUAGACCUCGCGUGGGCAGAUUCAACCUUGAUAGUGACGGGAAGAAACCCAUUGCUGUCGUGAACCCUCGGACUGGCAAGUUGAUGAUCUUCACCCCUCAACGGCUCAGUCGCCUGGAUCUGUCCCCCGAAGCCUUCAAUUUCAAUUUCGCUCCAGACUUUCUGUUUGCCGAACAUGACUUCAGCCAGUCAUCCUCGAUAUUAAGUAACUCCGGGAACCUCAUGAUGGGAGCGAUGGUCUCAUCGAAUACCUUUGGUGAUUUCAUGAACGGUACACAGGCUGUUGGCCCUGCGGAGGCUUUCAUGCCUCCAGUUAGCGCACUUGAGGAUAUCUCCGAGGAGGAAGAGUACGAUGAAUUCGAGGAGGAUCAUGAUGAGCAGCGUCUCAAGCUCGAUGACUUCUUGGAUAUUGAAGACUUUGAUGCCGACCAAGGCACCGGGUUUGAUGAUGAAGAUCAAUACUGGACGACUCCCCACCGCCACGAAACACCAGGAGACGAUGUGAACCCGCUUCUGGACCAUAGUCAUUUACUCAACAAUUCACAUCUUGCCGGCGCCUUUCGCCGUGAUCAGCAAACACAUCAGCUGCUGCGGAGUGGCAAGGCAACGCGCGAAUCCUUGGCAUUUUCGGGACCCCUCCACCACGGUACGCUUCGCGGUAUCAAGGAUGGUCGAAUUCCCAGCACCAACAUUCCUAUCUCGCCAAUGCGCAAGCACAAGCGCAACAUGUCGGAUGCCGCCAGCAGUCCCCUGGCGGGCGCUUCGCAAAAGCGAAAAUCGUCGUCUGGGCAAUACUUUGGUCACAAAAGGCAACGGAGUAUCCCCGAUGUGGAGUUACUUACGUUGCAAUGA